GCUACAACAUGGAUGAACCUUGAGGACAUGCUCAGCGACAAACGAGUCACAAAAGGCUGUUGGUUGACUGCCUGAAUCUCUGAUGAAGUUACUCAAGCAACGUGAUGGCAGCGUGUGAUGGAGUCCAGGUGCGGAGAGUGAGCUAAAUGGGUGGGGGAUGGUUCUCAUCUUUCUGGGUGACAAGAGGGCACAUCUUUCAGAGCAGUGGCAUUGGGCACUGGGUCUUGAAGAGUGAAGAGGAGUUCUCUGGUUUAAGUUGCCUGCCCACAGCUAGGGAACUUGAGAUCUAUCCGCUGGAUUCCCAUCAGACACACCUGUCUAACUUCCCAGGGUGCACACCACGUUAAAGCACACCGGGUGGGUGGGUAUGGAUAGACACCACUUUUUGGAGGUGGGAGGUGCUGCUGCCUGACCAUGGAGGCAAAUCCUGGCCGCUUCCCUGAGUGAACAAGGGGCCACCACGCUCCCAGGCUGGAGGGGAAUCCUGGAGUGGAACAGGGGUAAGUAUGGGGGCAAUUUUUGACCAAAAUCUCUCCCUGGUGGCAGCCUCACUUUCCUCCCCUGGCACAGAGAGGGGAAGAACAGUGGUUAUUUCCAGCCCCCAUGCCAUGUGGCCAUUUGAGCCUUUGUGUCCCAGCCUGGGAAGUGGUCCAACCCCUCCCUAGUGGCUCGCUGGCAUUGCGGGGGGGCAGGGAGUGGCCAGGGCGGGCGCCGGACUGUGGGGCCGGGCGGGGAAGGGUGUGGCCUGGGCCGGCUGGGAUCCUGCCUCCUGCGGUGGCACCAGCCGUUCAGUCCCCACAGCACCGGCCGGUAACUUCGGGAUGGAGUUUGUGCGGGCGCUGUGGCUGGGCCUGGCGUUGGCGCUGGGACCCGUGCCCGCCGGGGGCCACCCGCAGCCGUGCGGCGUCCUGGCGCGCCUGGGGGGCUCCGUGCGCCUGGGCGCCCUCCUGCCCCGCGCACCCGCCGCCCGAGCUCGCGCCCGCACCGCCCUGGCCCGGGCCGUCCUGGAGCACCGGCUACCGCACAACCUGAGCUUGGAACUGGUGGCCGCCGCGACCGCCGCCCGCGACCCCGCCUCGCUGGCCCUCGGCCUGUGCCAGACGCUGGCGGCGCCGGGCGUGGUAGCCGUGCUCGCCUUCCCCGAGGCGCGGCCGGAGCUGCUGCAGCUGCACUUCCUGGCGGCCGCCACCGAGACCCCCGUGCUCAGCCUGCUACGGCGGGAGGCGCGCGCGCCCCUCGGCGCCCCGAACCCGUUUCACCUACAGUUGGACUGGGCCAGCCCCCUGGAGACGCUGCUGGAGGUGCUGGUGUCCGUGCUGCAGGCCCAUGCCUGGGAGGACGUUGGCCUGGUGCUCUGCCGCAUGCGGAACCCCGGUGGCCUGGUGGCCCUCUGGACAAGCCGGGCUGGCAGGGCCCCAAAGCUUGUGCUGGACAUGAGCCGACCGGACACCGGUGAUGCAGGGCUGCAGGCCCGCCUUUCCUCGCUGGGGGCGCUGGAGGGGGGCUCAGCUCUAGUACCCGUGGCCGUGCUCCUUGGCUGUGACAUGGCCCGUGCCCGUCAGGUGCUGGAGGCUGCCCCUCCCGGGCCCCGCUGGGUGCUAGGCACACCGCUGCCUGCAGAGGCACUGCCUACUGAGGGCCUGCCACCUGGGCUGCUGGCACUGGGCGAGGUGGCCCGACCCUCACUGGAGGCCACUAUCCACGACGCGGUGGAGCUGAUGGCACGGGCGCUGGGCAGCGCGGCCCGUGUGCAGCCAGAGCAGAUCCUUCUCCCCGCCACCACCAACUGCAAUGACCUGAAGCCACCCAAACUCCGGUCCUCAGGCCACCUCUUGGCACAGUUCCUGAGCAACACAUCCUUCCAGGGCCACACGGGGCCAGUGUGGGUGACCAGCUCCUCCCAGGUGUACAUGUCCCGGCACUUCCAGGUGUGGAGCCUGCGCCAGGACCCGCUGGGCACCCCAGCCUGGGCCACACUGGGCAGCUGGCAGGAUGGGAGGCUGGAGUUGGAGCCAGGGGGUGCUGCUGUGCAGCCCCCAUCCCCGCUGGGUGCCCGGGUCCGGCCCAAGCUGCGUGUGGUGACCCUGGUGGAGCAUCCAUUUGUGUUUGCCCGAGAACCAGACGAGGAUGGGCAGUGCCCAGCAGGACAGUUGUGCCUGGACCCUGGCACCAAUGACUCUGCCACCCUGGAUGCGCUGUUUGCUGCCCUGGCCAACGGCUCGGUGUCCCAUGCUCUGCGCAAGUGUUGCUAUGGCUACUGCAUUGACCUGCUGGAGCGCCUGGCAGAGGACACACCCUUUGACUUUGAGCUAUACAUUGUGGGCGAUGGCAAGUACGGUGCCCUGCGGGAUGGCCGCUGGACUGGCCUGGUGGGUGACCUGCUAGCUGGCAGGGCCCACAUGGCAGUCACCAGCUUUAGCAUCAACUCAGCCCGCUUGAAGGUGGUAGACUUCAGCAGCCCCUUCUUCUCCACCAGCCUGGGCAUCAUGGUGCGGGCGAGAGACACGGCCUCACCUCUUGGGGCCUUUAUGUGGCCGCUGCACUGGUCUAUGUGGCUGGGUGUCUUUGCCGCCCUGCACCUCACCGCGCUCUUCCUCACGCUCUACGAGUGGUGCAGCCCCUAUGGCCUCACACCCCGCGGCCGGAACCGCGGCACCGUUUUCUCCUAUUCCUCGGCCCUCAACCUCUGCUACGCCAUCCUGUUUGGACGCACAGUAUCCAGCAAAACCCCCAAGUGCCCCACCGGGCGUCUGCUCAUGAACCUGUGGGCCAUCUUCUGCCUGCUCGUGCUGUCUAGCUACACGGCCAACCUGGCUGCUGUCAUGGUCGGGGACAAGACUUUCGAGGAGCUGUCAGGGAUUCACGACCCCAAGCUGCACCACCCGUCCCAGAGCUUCCGCUUUGGCACUGUGUGGGAGAGCAGUGCAGAGGCCUACAUCAAGAAGAGCUUCCCUGAGAUGCACGCGCACAUGCGGCAACACAGCGUACCCACAACACCCCAUGGCGUUGCCAUGCUCACGAGCGACCCCCCCAAGCUCAAUGCUUUCAUCAUGGACAAGUCACUCCUGGACUAUGAGGUCUCCAUCGACGCCGACUGCAAACUGCUGACUGUGGGCAAGCCCUUUGCCAUUGAGGGUUAUGGCAUCGGACUCCCUCAGAACUCACCGCUCACCUCCAACCUGUCCGAGUUCAUCAGCCGCUACAAGUCCUCUGGCUUCAUCGAUCUGUUGCAUGACAAGUGGUACAAGAUGGUACCUUGUGGGAAGCGGGUACUUGCUGUCACAGAGACCCUGCAGAUGGGCAUCUACCACUUCUCCGGUCUCUUUGUGCUGCUUUGCCUGGGCCUGGGUAGUGCCCUGCUCAGCUCUCUGGGGGAGCACAUCUUCUACCACCUGGUGCUGCCAUGUAUCCGGAGGGGUAACAGGUUGCAGUACUGGCUACACACAAGUCAGAGAAUCCACCUCGCCCUCAACACAGAGCCGCUGGACAAGCACAAAGAACCUGAGCCAAGGGAUCUGGAGAAGCAGCAACAAGACAUACCAACUGCCCGCUCAGGCCAGGGCAACUGGGCACGGGUGUGCCAGGCCAUGGUAAGGGAGCGUCAUGUGCACUUCCUUCUGGAGCCAACCUUGGCCACUGCUCCAUCAGUAGUGGGCACAGAUGUGGAGGGGAACAGGUCACCUGAGGGUCCCAUCCGGCUCUGCUCCAAUGGCCAGCCACCCACCAUGCUGCCCACUGGCGCCCCACGCCCAGGGGAGCUGGAGGAACUGGAGCAGCACAUUGCGGACGCACGUUCAAGGCUCCAUCAGGCGCUGGUGCGGCACGGGGAGCUCCUGGCCCAGCUCCCAGGUGGCAGCUGCGAUGGGCCACUGUGCCUGCUCUAGGCCUCCAGUGGUCUCCACCUGCUUCAUCACUGGGAGGUGGCUAUGCCACACCACACCCAGCCCACUUGACUUUGCAUGAGGGUGGACCCUGCAGGAGCUAAUCCCAGCACCUGGUGCAUGCAGACACUGGCUGAGUGCUGUCAACAGACAGUUUAUUCUAUAUACAAACACAAUUUUGUACACUGCAAUUAAAUAGAAUGGAAUGAGCACUCUGCA